GCGGCCGCCGCCCCGAUGAGCUCGUACUUCGUGAACCCGCUGUACUCCAAGUACAAGGCGGCGGCGGCCGCGGCGGCCGCGGCGGCGGGCGAGGCCAUCAAUCCCACUUACUACGACUGUCAUUUCGCGCCCGAGGUCAGCGGCCGCCACGCCGCCGCCCUGCAGCUCUAUGGCAACAGCGCCGCCGGCUUCCCGCACGCGCCCCCGCAGGCGCACGCGCACCCGCACCCGUCGCCGCCGCCCGGCUGCGGCCGAGGGGGCGGCCCGGGCCCGGGUCAGGACUACUUCCACGCCGGCGCGGGCAGCCCGGCCGCUGCCUACCAGGCCGCCCCACCUCCUCCUCCGCACCCUCCGCCUCCCCCCUGCGGCGGGAUUGCCUGUCACGGGGAACCCGCGAAGUUUUACGGAUACGAUAACUUACAGAGACAGCCGAUUUUUACGACCCAGCAAGAGGCCGAGCUGGUACAAUAUCCUGACUGUAAAUCGUCCCGUGGUAAUAUUGGCGAGGACCCAGACCACUUAAAUCAGAGCUCGUCUCCUUCUCAAAUGUUUCCCUGGAUGAGACCACAAGCAGCUCCUGGUAGACGGAGAGGAAGGCAAACCUACAGCCGCUUCCAAACCCUAGAGCUGGAAAAGGAAUUCCUUUUUAAUCCUUAUCUGACCAGGAAGAGAAGAAUCGAGGUCUCCCAUAGCCUGGCCCUCACGGAGAGACAGGUAAAAAUCUGGUUCCAGAACAGGAGGAUGAAGUGGAAAAAGGAGAACAACAAAGACAAGUUCCCCGUGUCCCGGCCUGAGGCAAAGGACGGGGAGCCCAAAAAGGAAGGCCACGAGCUGGAAGAAGAUGGAGCCGAAGGCCCCACAAAUUAACGUCUAAACGUGAAAAUUAUACCGCAGACUCUUAAGACUAAUGAUCAGCCGAUGCUGGUGGACGCCACCUCCCCCUACCCCUUCUUUGGAAAGGACUUUACCUGUGUUUCAAGCUACCUUAAUGUCACUGCUCUUGAGGUUUCUGCGCUUUGAAAGGGAUGUGGGCGUUUUUUUUUUUUAAUUAGUUUGUAGCAUUGCAUAGAAGCAGUCCUUGAGCUGCCCCAUAGAAGGGUAAUUUGAUACCGACCUUGUAGCUAUAUUUUUAUAAUGGUAGUUUUUAAAAUGUCUGAGCUGGUGAUUUGCCUCAACAACGUAAACUUCCUAAUGAUCAGCACUAAAUGAUCGAAUAUAAAAUGCUUUAUUAAUCAAACAAGUGCACUUGAACAUUUUAAAUCUUUAUGGUGAGUAAAUUAAAAGAAGUCUAUUGAUAAUUUUUUUUUAAAAAAUAUGCCUGCAGAAUAUUUACUUUAUAUUAUUUGAUUAAAUGUAUUUAUUUUUCUCUCUGCUUUUGUAACAGUGGUUCAGGUAUCUUGUGGUUUACUUUCAGGUUUCUUUGAGCAUUUUGUAAUUGUCUGUCAGGGAAGAGUCUGGGCCAAACAUUGGAAAAGCACAUUAGCAGAAGAGUGCAAUGUACCUUAUAGUCCAGGCUCCCGCGAGGCUCCUGAAGCCUAGGCGAGCAUUGUGCCUGUGACAGGAGUGUACGGAUAAUGUCAAAGUCGACAUUUGGCCGUGCUUCUGUAGUCCAUGCGAAACUAUGGCAAUUGAAGGAAUGAUCUAGAGAAUUAAUACUUGAAAACUAAUUGCAACAUUUUCAUUAACUUUUCACUCUGGCAAGUGGCCUUGCUUUCAUUUUGAACCCUGCUUGUGGGCCCCCGGGAUUUCUAGGUCUCUCUGCUCUGUGUCUCUGCCUUUUCAAGUAGGUGCCAUAUUUAUUUGUAUUCUCUUUGCGCUGCUCGCAUGCACCUUCCAAGCCAGCUUGCUGCCUUCGUUUCCGAUGUCGGUUGGUACGUCCGUCCUCUGCUGUCCUUACCUGUUUGAAACAAGCCCUGGUGUAAACGCAGGAACUCCGAGUGUAAACAACCGCUUCAGAGCAUAGCUCCGCAAUAAAGAAACGGACCUCCCUACAGA